AUGCAACCGGACCCCUUUGCCGCUCCGUUCUCCACCCCACCACGUCAAGGCGGGAUCUUCUUUUCUCCCCCGAGGAGCUUGGACACGCUUACCGCCAAGCGAACCCAAUCCAAAGACCUGACUCGCACCAUUCAUUGUAAUCUCAGUCUCCGCUCGAACCAGAUCACCGAACUGCCGUCCGAGAUUGGCAAUCUGCGGAGCUUGAGGGUCCUCAAGCUGGCGUACAACCGGCUCGACCCCCCUCUCGUCGCCACCUCUUUUAUCCCGAACAUGAUGAUCAUGGCGGACGACCGCCAGUUCCAAUGGUUCUCGCAGUCCCGGGGCGUGUGUUACUUCGCCCCGCCCGCCAGGACGCUUGUCCCAGUCGAUGAUAAAUUGCCGUCUCCGCUGCCCAGCUUGCUCAAAACCUGUAUCCGGAAGAUGCCGUCUUUGCCCACUCAUGACUCCCACACCCCUCGCCAUCAGGCUCCGGAUCCGGCAGCGCUCCUGCCCGUCCAGCUCCAGAAGAUCCUCGCAGACCCGGGCGCAUACUCCUAUUGCUGCGACUUGUGCAUCUCCAGAUGGGCCUUGAAGCCCGGUGCGCUUCCCCAGACCCAGCCCCAUCCAAGACACGCUUUCCAGUUCAGAGCCAUCAACCAACACGCCGGCCUCGUGCCCCUCAAUAAGUGA